CUUCCAAAGCACGAUUCGAAUUCAAAAUUUAAACCGAAAGCUCUGAGACGAAUCGAACGAUGGCUUCAUCAAUGAGGGGAGGAAAAGGCGUCGUGAAGGAUUUCUUCCGGCAACGGAAGAAAACCGCCGGCAUCUCGAAGCCAAAGGGAAAGGAAUCUAAAUCUUCUCCCAAACACUCGGUGACGUUGGGCUCCAACGUUGUCCAGUCGCCCGCCCUCAUCUCCCAUGGCUCUCUCGAUCUUACUGACGAAUACGAUUGCGAUAAGAAUGAGAUGUUGUUGAGGCAAUUCGACAUGAACAUGGUGUACGGGCCUUGCCUUGGGAUAAGCCGACUGGCUCGGUGGGAGCGCGCCUGUAGUUUAGGUCUGAACCCUCCUAAAGAAAUUGAGCACCUUAUCAGGAACCCCGAUAUCCGGGCCGAGUGCCUCUGGGAUGGCCGUGUCUAGCUUUGCUUCCUUUCUCUGCCUCUCCGUAUGCUGUUUUAUUACUGUUAUUAUGCCUUUCGUUUUGUUUAUCUUUCAGUAAAAGCCAGCUUCUACCUCUGGUAGUACAAGCUUCUCUAAGGUUGUGAAUGUAAAUUUCGUCGAACUUUUCAAGCUUCAUGCGCUUGUGGUGAACUCAGUUUCUCUGGCAACUUCGGUUAGAAGGCAUUUUUAUC